AUGUUGGAUGCUCUUGGGUAUGUAAGACAUCUGCAUGGUGCUGGCAGGUAUGACACAGUGUCCUUCUGGUGUGUCAACCUGUGGGCCAGGUGGUUACCCCAGAACAUCUCAGAUACUGCUGGGUGCCGACACAUGGACAACUGGAUCAAGCUCUACUCCUGGUGCCCUGAGGUUUUAGCUGAUGCUGUUGCACGCUUGGUUGUAGAUAAAUUCAGUGAUUUGACAGAAAAUUUCACAUCUCCACAUGCACGUAGAAAAGUCCUUGCUGGAAUUGUCAUGACAACAGGUACAGAUGUGAAAGAUGCCCUGGUAAUAAGUGUUUCUACAGGAACAAAAUGCAUCAAUGGUGAAUACAUGAGUGAUCGUGGUCUUGCAUUAAAUGAUUGCCAUGCAGAAAUUAUAUCUCGCCGGUGCCUGCUUAAAUUUCUGUAUACGCAACUUGAGCUUUAUCUAAGCAAUAAAGAUGAUCAACAAAAAUCCAUUUUUAUCAAAUCGGAGCAAGGCGGGUUUAAGCUGAAGGAGAAUGUGCAGUUUCAUCUCUAUAUCAGCACAUCUCCUUGUGGCGAUGCUAGGAUUUUCUCACCGCACGAAGCAGCACAAGAGGAUCAAGGGGACAGGCAUCCAAACCGUAAAGCGAGAGGACAGCUACGAACAAAAAUAGAAUCUGGGGAAGGGACCAUCCCUGUGCGUUCUACUACCACUAUCCAGACGUGGGAUGGUGUAUUGCAAGGAGAAAGGCUACUUACCAUGUCCUGCAGUGACAAGAUAGCGAGGUGA